UCACUACCGCAAAAGAUACUCAUUUGCAUACACAAAGCUGUACUUGUUUUUUUUUUGGCUGAAAGCGAUGAAUUUAUUGAAUAUAAUUCAGUCGAGACACCUUACCUUCUCUUUUGCAAGCCCAUAAAGAUGUUAACGAUUCGAGCCCUUCUAAUGGUGGCCCUGGCUGCUUCAACUUCGACGUUAAAGGGAAUCGAAUGCACAGAUGACAAGGCUAAAGGAAAUCUUCAAUCCGUCAAGUCGCCUGAGAGUCCGGUUUAUAGAACGUCCGGCUCUUACGAAUACCAUCAAAUUAAAGCCUCAAGAAAUCGUAAUCUUCUCAGUAGAGCAAAAGUUGCACAUGCACGUCAGAUUGCGCAAUCUUUAAAGAACCCAAAGCAGAAAAUCACCAAAACAUAUAAUAUGAAACCCGUUGUGGAUUAUUUUGACGUUAAAACUACGAAGAAUGAUAUCGCUCUAUGGCUUUUAACUAAAAAGUGGGCUAAGCCAGGUCCAAAAACGCUUAAAAAGAUGAGAUUGGAGGAAGCAGCAGCUUCUGCUAGUGGUCAAAAAUAAUGCUGAAACUAGGCUUUCUUUUAUUUCAUAAGCG